UUGAAGACGUUAGCAUCCCUUCUGCAGACUAGAAAUGUUUCAUAUACGACACCUCUGUUUCUUGUUGAUAGACGAUCUGUGUUGAUGGGAGGUAUUCUUCAACAAGAACAUAUGCACCUGGGUCUGUCUACGAUGAAGCUAACACGCGAGCAAGUUCUCACCGAGGCAAAAGCGUCCGAUCUGGGAAGCGUGAGGAAACUGAACUGCUGGGGAUGCAAACUGACUGACGUUUCUAUUUUAUCUCAAAUGCCAAACAUUGAAGUGCUGACACUAAGUGUCAACAACAUCUCAUCUCUUGCACCUCUGGCUGGAUGCUUGUCUCUUUGUGAGCUCUACCUGAGAAGAAACAUGAUUGCCUCACUCUCUGAGCUUUCUUAUUUGCGUUCAAUGACACGCCUUCGGGUAUUGUGGCUUGCUGACAACCCUUGUUGUGGGAAGAACUCCAGUGAGUAUCGACUGACGGUCCUGCGCUGCCUACCUGGGCUGCAGAAGCUGGACAACCAAGUAGUGACAGAGGAUGAGAUCGCAUUAGCACACUUGGAGGGUGAGAAGAUCAGUGCACCACCAAACGCAGUUCACCAGCAGCUUUCUACCAAUGGUCUUCCUGAUGCAGAGAAAGAGAAAAUAUCUCACAGCCACGAUAUGAAGGAAACCAAUAAUGUCAAAGAGUUGAAGAUGAAGCCUUUGUCCAAAGACAAGUUCCCCUCUCUUCAUUCUCAAUCGACCAGCUCAUCUACGAAAAAGACACACACACUUGAAGCCGUGCUGCUUCUUCUGAGGGACUUGGAUCACGAGGAGCUCCGGAUUGUGCACACGGAGACACAGAACCGACUCGGGACCUUCACACUGGACUCGUUAGAAACACUACGAGAUACGCAAACGACAAAAUCUGCUGACAUUCAACACUGAAUAAAUUCUAGCAUGUAUCAAGUCAUAAGCCUCGCUCGCUAUUUACAAAUAACUGUUCAUGACUUGAAACAGGGUCAUAGCUCCCCCGUUUUCUCCCUUUUGCACUACUGCAUGCGUACACAUUCAAAUAUCCUCGCUUAGUGCUCUACUAACCAAAUCACCAUGUUGUAUCAUGAAUGCUGCCUUACAAGAACAAAAUGUAUGUUUUAUUAAAGGUCAAUCUAUUUCUGUAAUUAAAGAGAUGAAUUGC